CAAAUUCCCAGCUUCAUGGAGUUCAAGAUCACGCUUUUGACCUUGCUGCUGCUAAAAAGUCAAGCAGCACGAAUAGAUAUUCCUGGUGACAUCAUCUUAGGAGGCCUUUUCCCCGUGCACAGCAAGUCCGGACACAGUGGUUGUGGGGCUUUAAAUGGGGAGCGUGGCAUACAGAGACUCGAAGCGAUGUUGUUUGCCAUAGACCAAAUCAAUCAAGACCCGUCAUUGCUAAACGGAAUUUUGCUCGGAGCCAAGAUAAUGGAUACUUGUUCAAGUGGUGAGCACGCGUUGAAAGAGACCCUCCAACUCCUCGAUCCAGCAGCGGACUCGGUAAGCCUCAAGUGCGCCGAUGGUUCAACACCCCUUCCGGAUAAAGGCCAGCAGAAAAUUACAGGUGUAAUCGGUGGUUCUUACAGUGAAGUGUCUCAGAAAGUGGCCAGUCUGUUAAGUCUAUUUCACGUGCCUCAAAUCAGCCCGGCAUCUACGGCCACCUCACUAAGUGACAGGACUCGCUACGAAGUAUUCGCAAGGAUCCUCCCCCCAGACACAAUGCAGGCUCUGAUAAUCGCAGAUAUUGUUCACUACUUCAACUGGACUUACGUGUCACUCGUAUCAUCCGAAGGAAUGUAUGGAGACUCCUGCAGGACCUCAUUUCUAAGAGCCGCCAAGGCAGGUAACUUUUGCGUCGCGGUUGUGGAAGUAAUUCCUCGCCUGGCGGACGAGCCUACCUUCGACGGCCUCAUCGAAAGCUUACGCCAAUCACGAGCUCGCGUUGUAGCUCUAUUCACGAACGCCGAUGACUCGCGAGCUCUCUUAGCAGCCGCCAAACGAGCCAACGUUAACAAUCACUUCAUCUGGGUGGCCAGCUACGCUUGGGGCACGCGGGCCAAGGUCGUCGAAGGGCUGGAUGAUCAAGAUUUGAGUGCCUUCACUGCCCAGCUGGAUUACAAGCUUAUUCCAGAAUACAACGCUCACAUGAAGAACCUCACAGUGAAGAACAACGAGCGUAACCCUUGGUUCAGGGAGUACUGGGAGAAAGUGUUUAGGUGCAGCGUCGACCCUGCGCAGCAGAUCUACACAUCGGCACUUUGUGGGAAUUCUCUGCGUCUCGACGAAUCUGUUGGAUACCACCAGGAAGCUAAGGUGCAGUUCGUGGUGGAUGCAGUGUACGCAUUCGCACAUGCUCUAGACGAAGCAUCUAAACAACUUUGCCGGGGUCAAAAUGAAAGCUACUGCGAGGCCUUGCGAAACCUCGACGGAGAGAGCCUCUACAUGAAUUACCUCUUGAACACUACUUUCAAAGAUCUCGCUGGCAGAGUGGUUCGCUUCGACAAUGUCGGUGAUGGGCUGGCUCCUUACCGUAUCUACAGCCUACGGCACCUGGAUAACAGCACGACGUACGACUACAUUCCGAUCGGCCGCUGGGAACCGUAUACACUGCAUAUGGACGCCAAAAAAGUGUUGUGGAGCACUGAAGAUGGUGGGCCGCCAGUAUCAGCAUGCAGUUCCGACUGUGCCGUUGGCCAGAUCAAACUGUUUGGAGAUAGCAGGUGUUGCGGGAUGUGCUACACAUGUGAGCCUCCUAAAAAAGCAAUUGACGAGUUUACCUGUGCCGGACCUAUGGUUGGAAUUCCCGAAUUCAUGGCGUUCAAGUUCACGCUGCUGGCGCUCAUGCUGCUAGAAAGUCAAGGUGCGCGAAUAGAGAUUCCUGGUGACAUCAUCCUUGGAGGCCUUUUCCCCGUGCACCACAGGUCCGGCCACAGUGGUUGUGGGGCAUUAAAUGGCGAACGCGGUAUACAAAGACUUGAAGCGAUGUUGUUUGCUUUAGACCGAAUCAACCGAGACCCAUCCUUGCUAAACGGAAUAUCCCUCGGAGCUACGAUACUGGAUACUUGUUCGAGCGGAGAGCACGCGUUAAAACAGGCCCUGCAGUUCCUCGAUCCACCGGCUAACGUGGGAAUCUUCAAGUGCGCGGAUGGUUCAGCGCCUGGUAUACAUAAUGAGAAGCAGAAAAUUACGGGCGUAAUCGGUGGUUCUUACAGCGAGGUGUCUCAGAAAGUGGCCAGUUUACUAGGGCUCUUCCAUGUGCCUCAGAUCAGCCCAGCAUCCACGGCAAGCUCACUGGGUGACAAGACCCGCUACGACCUCUUCGCCAGGACCGUUCCCCCGGACACACUGCAGGCACACGUCAUGACAGAUAUCGUUCAUUACUUCAACUGGACCUAUGUGUCACUCGUGACGUCCGAAGGAGUGUAUGGUGACUCUGGAAUGAUCUCAUUUCUGAGAGAUGCCAGAGCAGGUAACUUCUGCGUCGCAAUUGUGGAAGUAGUUCCUCGCCUGGCGGACGAGGCUACCUUUGAUGGCAUCAUCCAAAGCUUAUUACGCCGGCCACAAGCUCGCGUCGUGGCUCUAUUCACGCACGGCGAGGACUCGCGAGCUCUCUUGGCAGCCGCCAAAAAGGCUAACGCCAGCAGUAACUUCGUGUGGUUGGCUAGCGACGGAUGGGGCACGCAGAGCCAGAUUGUGGAAAGUCUCCAUGAUCAAGAUAUAAAUGCCAUCACUGUCGAGCUAGAAUCCAGGGCUAUUCCCGAAUAUGAUGUUUACAUGAAGAAUCUCACUUUGGAGAACAACGAGCGUAACCCUUGGUUCAGGGAGUACUGGGAGGACGUUUUUAAGUGCAGCGUCAACCCUGUGCAGCAUAAUGACACAUCGACAGCUUGCGCGGCUUCACUGCGUCUCGAUGAGUCCACUGGAUACCGUCAGGGUGCUAAAAUACAGUUUGUGGUGGAUGCAGUGUAUGCAUUCGCCUAUGCUCUUGACCAAGCAUCGAAACAACUUUGUCGGGGUGAAAAUGAAAGUAACUGCGAAGCCUUCCGCAACCUUGAUGGGGAGAGCCUCUACAUGAAUUACCUCUUGAACACUACUUUCGAAGAUCUCGUCGGUAGUGUUGUUCGCUUCGAUCAGCUUGGUGACGGCCUGGUCCCAUACCGUAUCUACAACUUGCGACGUCUGGAUAACAGCACCGCCUACGACUACGUUCCGAUCGGCCGCUGGGAGCCGUACACUCUACACCUGGACUCCGAGAAGGUGUUAUGGACCACUGAAGACGGCCUGCCACCAGUUUCAGCAUGCAGCUCCGAUUGCAGCGUGGGUCAGAUCAAGAUGAUCUCACCAGAAAACCGGUGCUGCUGGGUGUGCUCCGCGUGUGGACCACUAAAGGCUGUAAUCGACGAGUUUACAUGCUCGAACUAAAUUCUCACACUGAGCCUUGGGGGCAGCAACAAAAAAAAAACAUUGGCUCAAGAAGUAGUUAUGACCCCGACAGCGUAUUCUGAUUAGUAAAAUAAAAAAUAUGUAUUUUGUAAUUACUUA